GGGAGAGUCCGCUGCGGCCACUAUUGUUGAUGAGGCAGCCUCCUCGCGAGGGUCUCUCUCAGUGAGUGUCGAUGCGAGGAAGAGGAGAGGACGCGGCGGAGGGGGAGGCUGAGGCGGGGGGCCUUGUUUUUCUCCUCCGCCAUUGACGGUCUCCCUCAGAAAAUGUCUUCCCACCCGCGAGUGAGGCGCAGCGGCUCGCCAGGAGGAGGGGGAGGAGGGGCGGCGGCGACACCGUCGGCACCACUCGCGGCGGUGGCGGCCUCGAGCACGAGCAGCAGCCGCCUCCAGCCCAUGCGGGCCACCGUGCCUUUCCAGUUGAAGCAGCACGGGAGCCCCACCAGGAGCGGAGGCAACGGAGGAGGAGGAGGGGAAAGAGAGCGAGACAGAGCGGCAGCAGGAGGAGGAGGAGGCCUGCCUCGCGCGGCUGUGGCAGCGGCGACGCCCUCAACGGCCAACACAGCCCCGCCCUCGCCUCGCGCCGCCAGCCCCACGCGACCAGCGCUUGGCAACGGCGCGCGCGGAGGGGGAGGAGGAGGAGGAGGGGGCAGCAGCAGCCCCGCUGUGGCCACGCAAACGCCCGUCGCCGCCGUCGCCGCAGCCUCCUUAUCGCCCAGCCCCCCGCGCCUGCCCCCUCCUCCACCUCCUCCGCCGCUCGGCUCCACCCCGUCGCCCUGCUCCUCGCCGGUCUCCCCGCCGGCCCCCGAGAGCAGCGCCUGCUCCUCCUCCUCCUCCCCCGCCGCCGGGGCCUCCUCCUCCUCUUCGGCCGGAGGGGGGCGCGUCCGGCACCGACAGCGCCGCCGCUCCCCCGAGCAGAGCCGAGCCUCGCCGGAGAGGAAGAGCCCCAGCUCCCCCGGCGCCAAAGUAGAUAAGCCACGACCUCCAUCAUCAAGCCCUUCUAGUAUUGCUCGUCGUACCCCUUCCCUAGACAUACUUGCUGCUCCAUACCUUGCUGGACAGUGGCCUCGUGAGAAUCAUGGACAAGCUGCACCUUGCAUGAGGGACAAAGCCACACAGACAGAGAGUGCUUGGGCUGAAGAAUACUUGGAAAAGAAGAAAGGCUCUCAUAAGCGAUCAGCGUCUUGGGGCAGCACAGAUCAGCUUAAAGAGAUUGCCAAACUUCGCCAGCAAUUGCAAAGAAGUAAACACAGUAGCAGGCAUCACCGAGACAAAGAAAGGCAGUCUCCAUUCCAUGGUAAUCAUGCAGCCAUUAACCAAUGCCAGGCUCCCGUCCCAAAGACUGUGCUAGUCCCUGUCAUACCAAUUGCCAAAUCAACAGGAUCGCGUUUCCGUAACAGCAUAGAGGGGCUGAAUCAAGAGAUUGAAAUAAUCAUAAAGGAAACAGGAGAGAAAGAGGAACAACUUAUUCCACAAGAUGUUCCAGAUGGGCAUCGAGCUCCUCCUCCUCUGGUGCAGCGUAGCAGCAGUACCCGCAGCAUUGAUACGCAGACACCCGGUGGAGCAGAAAAGGGCAGUAACAAUAGCAGCCGGUCUCAGUCUGUGUCUCCUGGCUCUUUCCUUGCCAUUACCAAUGAGAGCAAUGAGGAGAGCCCAUGCCCUGCUGAUGACCUGCUUGGGGACCCCAGAGAUAAAGAGAAUGGGAACUGUUCUCCCCUGCCCAAAUAUGCCACCUCACCAAAACCCAACAACAGCUACAUGUUCAAACGUGAACCUCCUGAAGGCUGUGAGAAGGUUAAAGUGUUUGAAGACAGCUUGCCAAAGCCGUUGCAUGAAAUCCCAGCCUUUUAUUGUCCUGAUAAGAAUAAAGUCAAUUUCAUUCCAAAAAGUGGCUCCGCUUUCUGCCUUGUCAGUAUCCUCAAGCCACUUCUCCCCACACAAGAUCUUACUCUCAAGGGUGCUACUCACAACCUGACCGUCCCCACUGGGAUGACGCCCGCAUUGCUGCAGCCUAUUUCCAUGGCCGCCUUAUCGGCAAGCACAGACCAAGACCGACUGUCUCGUGGAGCAAGCAAAAUAAUGCCACCAAUAACUGUGCUCCAGCAGUCAGGCCAUGCUGAAGAAACUGAAGGGUAAACUUGGCUUUGUUUACUUCCGAGAGAACUGUAUUGAAGCUAGCUGUGAUCAAGCCUUCCGAAUUGCAUCUCUUUGCAUCAUUCUUGUUGGCAGUUUCAUAAACAGUUCCUACUGAUAGCCUGAUCUCCCCAUCGAUAACUGUGAGACUCGGGUGAGACCUAGGAAAGAAGAGUGGCUGAGCAACUGCUACACUUGUCUUGAAGCAGCUCCAAUUCAGUCCCUCACCUGCACUUUUUUUUAAAGCUUUGGUACAAUAAAGAAGGGAGACGUUAUCCAUCUUACUUUACCAGCAGAGGAACCAGUUUUUCUGAGGCUUUGUGUCCCAUUUUCAAGUUUUGGAAAAGGAAAAAUUCAAAACGCACCAGCUGUUCAUAACAAGAUCUGCAAGGAGAACAAGAAGCAAAUUCAUACUGCAAGAUGUCUUUUUUUUCACCAAAAAGUAUUUACAACUCAUGAGGGGGGUGGGUUAAUAUACCCCAGGGGACAGGGUGGUCGCACUUUUCUUGCUGCAUUGUUUCUACUGUUGGGAAGAGAGCCCUGAAUCUACUGUUCAGCAUCGUGCAGUGUGACCACUUUGAUUUCUUCCCUUCUCCAGAUAAUAUCCUCAAGACUAUAAAGAAAAGCAAUAUUGGUACAUCUUUGGUGAAGGCAGGAUGGAUAAGCACACGGACAGAAUUCCUUGUCCGGAAAUAGCAUUUCAGAGCACUUCUGCCAAUACUGUAACAACUUGUUGCUAGUCUUGUGACUCUUGUUUCAGAAUGAUAUUCCUUUCCACUUUCUGCAAAAAUGCCAACAAACUAUCACAUCAGUGCCUCUUGGGACAUCUUGGUUUCUUGUGUUGCUGUCAAACUCUUGAAUUGCCUUUGGCGUAUACCUGAUCCUAUCCUGUCUUGCCACUGUACUAUAUAAACCUUGUAGUCAUAUGAUCUUGAAAUGGCCAUGCAUGGUUCUUCCUGCUUGUCAAAGUACUGUUUUGUGGGUCUGUUGAGGGUCGUAGUUUGUCAGGCAUGGUAAUUGUUAAAGCAGUUUAUUUCAGUGGACAUAGUCUUCUUUUUGAGGAGCAAUAUCAUUAGGGUGUUAAGCUAAAGGGACCUUGGUAUUCUUGGUCAUUGGUCAGCAGAUGUGACCCAUUUCAUUUCUUGUGUCACUUUAAAAAAAGAAACUAACUGUAACAGUCAACAGUAGGAAGGGGUUUCCAUUACAAACUCUUCUUUUGAAAGGUACUGAACUGAUUUGGUUAUGAAAGUGUGUUUACGGAGGUCCAUUACACAACAAAAAAUGUGAGCUAGAGCAGUUGCUUAAAGGCCAAAUUUUUAGAUUCCAAAAUGCUUCCAGAGUUCCAAAUUUUCAUAGGGGAUGGAUUAAGCAUUGUUUAAAGACGCUUGAUGGUACAGCAUUGAUCAAAAUGAACUAGGGCCAACUAUGGAGCUAUAAAAAGUUACAAUUUAAGAGUUACGUUUUUCUGGUAUCUUUAGACUAACAAAAAUACAUGACCAACAUUUGGGCAAACUACUCCAGACUAGCAGAUGUGAUGAAUAACCACAACAACACUGUUUAGUUAUUCAUCUUGGUGCACCAAGUCAUCACCAGCAAUCAACAGGUGGGAAUAAGGCUUAGCUGGAGAAAUUGCCACUUUCUCUUACAACUUCCAAAACUGCCUUUUUGGAUGACAGAUCCCUGGAUCCCACAGCCUCAAGGGCCAUGUAACCAUGCUAGCUGGCUGGCUGGUUCUGGAUAGUCACCCAAAACCUCCCUUUUCCUCGCUCUGAUUCAGAGUAUGUCUCAUGAUCUUCUAUUUGUUUUUCCUUAGUGAGAGUUGCUUAGUACUGUGACAGUACUGAUAUCCUACAUUGUUUGGCCUUGGUUUCACUUGGUUUUUACAACCUCUUUAUACUCAGGGUAUCUGUACCUACCUAGUUAGGUAACUGCUUUGUCCAUGUGACAAAGGGGGCUCUGACUCACAAAAACUGAUGCUAUAAUAUAUUUCUUAGUCUUUAAGGUGCUGUUGGACUUUGUUGUGUUUGCUGCAACAGACCCAACAAAGCUAUGCAUCUGGAAUUCUAAAGUAUUACCUAAUUAUACCCCAAUCCCACAUUGUAUUAGUUUUACUUUGUUUCUGUUGUAUUACUGUGCUUUCAAAUGUUUUAUUUGCAGAUUAAGAUGAUUUCACAUCCAUUCCAUGGACUUAACUUGCUGGCAUAUCAAGUCCUAGGACAACCGAUUAUAAUGACCAGAAUUGUUAUUGCUUUACUUUGUUUUUCUUUGUAUAUUGUUUUCCCAUGCAUCAGGUAUAACUCCUUCAAACUGAGAUGUCAAAACAAAGUCAAAUUUUCUAGCAAUGUAAUAUAUUUGUUGUCUGUAAUAUCUGUUGGACACACAUCAGCUUUCUUAUGAAACUCCUAAUGUUUGGUCUUUGUGAAACAUGUGGAAGCAGCCUUCUUUUGUGCAAGAGGGAUUUGCAGUUUGUUUAAAUGCAGUUCAGCAUUUCAGGUUUUUUGAAUUGUUUAUAGUUACCAGACUAAUGGUGGUUCUUGUGAAAAAUAUUUGCAUUGAAUAUCUAAAAGCCAGAUUUCAAUUAAGAAUUCUGUGGAAAAGAUAGGUCUUUGAAGUUCCUCAAAAUGUUUUAUUCACUGUUCUCAUGAAUCUCUGUAAGAUGUAAGAUACAACAAAACCCAAAAUCCACAAAACUUUUUUUUGUCAAACCCUUUUGGGAGGCCAACUAAAAAGUGUAAAAUGCAUCAGGCAAGCUUUAAAAGCUCCCUGGCUUCUUCAUAAGGCAAAAGUUGUUUAAAAAUCAUACAUCUUAAUAUCUUCUGUAUGAUUUUUUAAAGAUCAUUUGCCUGAUGAAGAAGCCAGUGGAGCGUUGGAAACUUGCAUUAUGUAUUUUGUGCUUUUCAAUUGGCCAGAUAAAGGUAUUGCGCAUUUGGAAUGUUAUUGUAUUUUGCUGCAUGGCCGACAUGCUAAUCCUGAAUAUAGUCUCUGUAAGGUGUAUUUAAGAUGUGGUAAAAGGUGCUUGUUUUAAAAGUUGACAUGACUUUUCCAUGGCUUUAUACUAGCCAUGACUUCAAUGUACUUCAGGCUGGCCUGCAGGUGCAUAUCAGAUAGGUGACACUCCAGCCUUUAUUAAAAGAGCAAUAUUUGGUUAUAUCUCUGUGGCUGUGAAGAAAUAAGAUGCUGAAGAAUCCAUGUCAUAAGCAGCAAUUGUUUGGCUAGUAAAUUGAAUGCCAUAAGACUGCUCACCUGUUUUGCACUGAAAAAAUGUUAGCCAAUAACAAAUAAUAAUUGGAGCAAGCAGUUCUUUGGAAUUCCAAUUACGUGUUCACUCAAGUUUUGGUUCAUCACUUACCUGCUUGGUUCUUGGUUGCCAGUAACUCUCUGUGAAGUCAAGAGUGAUUAAGCUAGGGACUUCAGGGGAAGUAUAAUUAGAGUAGGCCCAUCUUUAGCUAGUUGAAAAUAAUGAGACUAAAAUUGUAACUUUCAUCACUCAUGAUUUAGCGCUCUGUUUGGCUGUGACAUUUUGCCAAGUCAUUCAUUGGUAAGCAUGUAAUACAGUAGUAACCAAAAAAAAAAAAAGAUAUGCAGGGAAUACUUUCCUUGACUUCACAUGGAUAUGUGAAACUGCAGGGAAUAGCAAACCCUAUUGAAGUGAAGGAUAUCUAGCCCAAGAAUAGUGUUGGAGAACCUAGAAAAUCCCUGGAGAUGGCGUAUUUGUCAGAUGUGGAUAAAUGAAACCACAGAGACCAGUCCUGUGAAUAUGAGGGGUGGGUUAGGCUGUAUCGUAAAAAUGUAUGCCACUUUCCAAGUAUUUCUGUUACGCUGACCAUACCCAAGAAAUGGGUAUCGAAUAUUCUGUCCUUCUUCCUCUGAUUUACCAGGAGUUGGCUUGGAUUGGGAGGAGUGGAAAUGAUCCACCCUCCAUUUCUUAAUUCUUAAACUGGUGCGUCUGUGGGAAACUUCCCUAUUGUGUUCACAGCUCUGGAGUUGUUCAGAGAACAGGAAGGAAGCAGUGUUUGGUGUACUAUCACCUGUGCUUGCUUAACAUUGGAUUUCUCCCCAAGAGUCCCUGUGUGCUUGACCUUUCUAGAGGAACAUCACAGUUAUAGGAAAUGUAUAUUUCAGAUGGGUUUUACUGCAAACAGCAGGUGCUUAAAUGCAUCAGCGAACCAAUUCUAGAGCAGUUAUCUCAUGCACGGUGCCACAUGAGAUGUUCUUAUUUUCUAAAAUAGCUGCAUGAAUACACAUAUACUCUUUGCUAUUGCUGCUAAUUUUAAACCUCCAUUUGAAACAUUGCUGCUUAUCACACGUUUUCCAUCUGAGAAAUGAAAUGAAAUAGGUAACAUUCUCUUCCAUUAUAUGUAUGAAGUUAGUGACCAGAAACUGGGCUAUUUGAAAGAACAGUUGUAUGUAUUGUUUUAGCUAGAUAUUGAUGUGACUAUAAUCACUGUCUUUUGGCAAGUUUCAUGGUAUAUUUCAUCAUUUGGAUUUUACACUAAAAGCAAAAUACAAAUGUCCAUAAUUUAGCCCUUUUGGAGCAUUGGAAAACACUCUUGAGUCAUGAAGACGACAUUUGCUUAACCAAUAGGUAUUUCCAGUACUAGGUAACAAAACAAGUAACUAAUUUUCAGUGAUGGCUUAGUUACUAAAUAUGAAUAUUUUCAUUUCUGAUUUCAACAUCUUGUUUGCCGUCAGUGUCUCAUUUAAAUAUGUUCAAUUGAUAAAAUACUCUGAAGGUGUAGCUUUCCUCCUAUCACCUAACUCUGUCUGGAUAUUGUGUAGCGUGACUAAAUCACAGCAGUCCACUGCCAGUGGCAUGUCAUGUAUUUCCCUUCCAAGUUUACCUUUUCUUGCUAGCUACUGGCUUUCCUGUUUUAUUGCCUGUACUAGGGAGAAAGACAUUGUGGAGCAAUCCACAUCUACUUGGGUAAACUGUGUACUAUAUUUGCAAAGGCCAAUGAUGUCUACAUAUAUAAGAUUUUUUUAAGAAGUCUUUUUUCCUCUCAAGGCACACCUGUGUGUUUGGGCAUUUCUUGUUUUUCUAUUGUUUUUAUUUUAAUGAUUGAUGUAAGACCUGAGUCUGCAAGAAAUGUUAUUAAAUUUUUUUACAAAAAUGUUUUACUCACCUUUAUGGAAUUCGCACACUUUCAAUAAAUAUUUCAAGUGAAAA